GCACGUUCGCCGGCGUGUGUGCAUCGCGAAAGAUCGCUCUCUCAUUCGAUAAAGACACGAGCGGAUCGCGGUGGCCGUCCAGUCGGUUCUCGGACUUCGAUCGGUGAGCCCACGUGCCGCGUGGAUCCUGUCAAUCGCCGAGCACGUUGUCGAUCUUUGAUUAGCUGCUGAAUUACCUAUUAAAGUGGCUAAAAAAAAAAAUCUCUCGCGAGUGGAAGAUUUUUAUUGAUAAUAUAAUAAGAUAAAAUUCUCGAGACAAUAAGAGUGUACAGUGAAAAAUAUAUCUCGGCGGGAUCGAUUUAAACGAUUUAACGCUGAGAUAAGUUGGAGUUUGUCGACGAUUAAGUAUGAACGGAUGCUUGAUAAUUGAUAAUUGGGUGUUGGAUAAUUUAUCGUGUAAAUCAAGCGUCUCGACGAAGAUCCAGUGCCAAAAAGUGUUUCUCGUUUUUCGGGCUACGAGUUUCAAAAGGAUUUCCAGAUGACUUAGUGCGCGUCCUGACAUCGAGUGCGUGAUUGAUGGAUAUGCGCGCACUCGCGCGGAGAGAUCCUUGUGGAAAAAAGAUUAUCGGAAAAAAAUACGAUAGAAGUAAUAAGUGAUUCGAGAGAUUGGAGAAUCGAGAGAUUAAUUCAUCGCUAAUCUCGAUUUUACGAGCCUCGAAGUUACGUUCGCCUUGCUAAUUCAUGAAGCCGGCCGAUCGAAAGCCGGAUUCAGAUCUUUAAUCGAAACCGAUUAAGCGUUUAGUAAGUUUGCAUUACACGGAAACUUAUCGACGAGUGCAAGCAGGGUGUGACGAGAUAAAUGUGCAAGCGAGAUUCUAAUAUGAUAACGAGUGACGAAAGACGACGAGCGGAAGCUACCGUCCCGGCCAAAUGUCAUCGAGACGCGCAUCGCGCGAUCUAAUCUCGUAUCGUCGACAUAUCCAGAGCAAAGUCAGAUCGCCGUUCUCGUUUGUACACCCUCGUUCUAUGAAAAAUCCAAAGUUGGAUUAUGUUUAAAAGGUGGUCGAUAUUUGAAAGUUGACGCGAUAUAAAUCUCAAUUGUGUAAAGAUUCGAAGAUACAUACUUUCAUAGACUUUGACAAGAAUAUAAAUAUUAUCCAGGAUGAGUCUCAUUUGCAUCUGUGCCCUUUUCGUGUAUCUGUUGGCGCCAAUCGUGCACACGAGUGAUGUACGGCCCACUAUAUACACUAUUCCAUUGCAAAACGAGACGCAAAUACCGAAGGAAUACAGUGAGCUGCCGUUGGUGGGAAAGUGUUGUCCCGUAAACGAAGUUUUCGUGAAAAGUGCGGACGGGCCUACCAAGUGCGUCCCCUCGAACGACUCGUCGACGGAGUACUUCUCGCCCUUGUUCAGCGAGUACAAUCUCACCGGCGUGUUAGUGCCCGGGGAUGAAUAUCCUAAAUUCGCCGCUAUCGUUGGAAGUCCUUGCGAACGAAAAUACAUCCUAGAGCCGGAUAAAGACGAUGAUAAAUAUUAUUUACUAUUAAAUGGUUCCAUCUUCGCGCCUAAAAUCAGUUAUGCGCCAGUCAUGCUCAUGCCCGGUAAGGACUAUUGCAUGGAAAUUGUGCCCGAAUGGGGACUUAUGGUAUUCGUUUGUUUCCUAGAAGAUACCGUCCCGAUCGCCGAUGCAAGGGUCAUCAUUUACGCUUGUGGGCUCUUGAUCUCGGUGCCUUUUUUUAUCCUCACCAUCGCGGCGUACGUGAUAACGCCAAAAUUAAAGGACGUCCAUGGGAAAGCCCUUUGUCACUAUUGUGGUUGCUUGGCGGUGGCCUUCAGUGCUUUGGCCAUUACACAACUCUCGAGCUCGCGAUUCUCAUCUGAAGUCUGCGUUAGCAUGGCGUUCGUCAUCCAGUUCUCCUUCCUGGCCUCCUUUUUCUGGCUGAACGUGAUGUGCAUCGAAACGUGGUCAUUGGUACAAUACCAUGUAAACCACCGUGUGUACAAAAAUAUUCAAUCCAAAAGGCUGUUCUUCUAUUACUCGAUAUGGGCCUGGGGCUCGUCGGCAAUCCUCAUUCUCGUCUCGAUGGUAAUGGAUCUCAAUCCCACGAUACCCAUGACCUACGUCAAGCCUGCUUUCGGUAGCGACAGCUGCUGGUUAGUCGAUUCAAAAGCCAUGCCGUACUUUUACGUACCGAUCAGUCUUCUUCUGCUGUCGAAUAUGACUCUCUUCAUAAUCACGGCUAUCAACAUCAGUCGCUAUCAGCAGACGCUUCUCGCGUCGAGAAGCUUGGUGAGGAAUCUGCAUUCCGAUCGGGAGGAUCAGAGGCUCUUCCGCAAAAUCAAACGGACUUUCGUCGUCUGUCUGGUGCUCUUCUUCCUGAUGGGUCUUAAUUGGAUGAUAGAAUUGGUCUCUUGGUUGGCUGUCCCUCUGGACUGGUCGGCUUUCGAUUUAGUGAACGCUCUUCAGGGCGUCAUCGUCUUCGGCUUGUUCAUUCUGAGGAAGCCGACCAGGAAUUUCGUCUGGCAUCGAAUACAAAAGCUACGGGGAAUCCAUAUCACGGAACCGAAUGUCGAUCUAGCACUAUUGCCUGUGAUAAACGGCGAUUCCUUACCUAGGCAGACUGUCAUUCAAUGAUAAUUUAGACAGAAAAAUUCAUUUUUAUCUAGACGUAAAAGUAUGAUGCAUUUAAUGCGCGUCGACCCAAGUACAAAUGUCGGCCGUGAACUUGAGGCGAUCGAUAAACUGUUAAUGGCUCGGAGUGGAAGGAGGGACCCGAAUGUAUAUAUGGCUUCGCAGCGAGAUCGAAGUUAUUUUAACUUCGAUAUGUAACGGAAUGGAAUGACCUUCUCGAUCGAUGACGUUCGCAGAGACAUGGUGAAAUAUCGCCUUAUUGAUGCGAUCCUUCGAUUUUAUGAAUCGCUCGAAACCCACCUAAUAUGUCGCGAGAUCCCUGACGUGCGAGACUUUCGUGAAAAGGAGAUUUUUUAUACCUAAUCGAAUCGCGUACAUUCGGUAAGUAUAAUAGCUCUAGUCUAUACGUAGUUGCAUUUUAAUUAUACAAUAUCUAUAAUCAGAAAUAUAUAAUGUAUGUUGUGAUUCUUGUAAAAUGCAAUAUAACAUAUACAACAUGAUUGUAAACAGUAUGUUUGUGUGCGUGAGUACUGCAACAUAUUAUAUAAAACUGAAAUUUGCGAAUAAUAUCUUAUAUAAUAUAUUUAUCUUCUUCCACGAUAUAUAUGUCUUAAUGCACUAUAUCUCUUAUGUGCUAGUUAUACAUAUAACCGUGGGAAAAGAAAAAUCAUGAACGAUAAAUGACCUUACUUAACAAAACGAUAAGGAUCUCAAAUGUACGCGUAAUUGUAAAUAAAUUUCGUAAAUAAGAAUUGAUCACAUGUUAAUUAAGAUAAAUAUAUAUAUGUAUAGUAUACGAACAAUAACUAUGUAUUAUUAGACGUAAUAUUACUAUACAAUAUGUAUUAUAUGUGAUCUUGAUUGAAUGGUUUUACAAUUCAUGCUGCAAAGAGAUAUUUACGUAUAAUAUAUCAUUAAUAUUUUUGUACUUAUAUCGCAUUCCGCAUCAGAUUCGACAUGAUACAUUGACGUACGCCCGAUAAGCUGCCAAAUAAGUCUAAACUCGUAUGCAGGACAUUUCAUUGAUUAAAUAACUCGGCACGUUAAAAUGUUUAUACGCAAUUAUUAGUUUGUUGCAUCGACGUAUCGCAUCGAAUUCGAUGGAAUGCGGAUUUUAUACAGCAUUGAAUGUGAUUACUGCGUUAUUGCUUCCUUCCAUGUAGCUUGCAUAUUAUUUAUUGUUGCAUAAUAAGUAUUAAUUUAUUGAAUAAAUCGUACGCGUAAUCACGGAAUAACACAAAUGAAUCAAGACGGAUAGAAAAUA